GUGCCGCUUCCUCCCGCCCUCUCACCCCAAGAUGGCGGCGCCCGCGGGGCUGGUGAAGUUUUGGAGGCCGGGCACAGGAGGUCCUGGUGUCAGCAUCUCAGAGGAGAGGCAGAGUCCUGCUGAGAGUAGUGGUGUAACCGUCGUUUAUAAUCCUUAUGCUUCCCUUUCUAUUGAGCAACAAAGACAAAAGCUGCCUGUUUUUAAGCUAAGAAAUCACAUACUUUACCUAGUAGAAAACUAUCAAACUCUGGUGAUUGUUGGGGAAACGGGAUGUGGGAAAUCAACCCAGAUUCCACAGUAUCUAGCAGAAGCUGGCUGGACGGCUGAAGGAAGAGUUGUUGGGGUGACGCAGCCUCGUCGAGUUGCUGCUGUUUCAGUUGCAGGCCGAGUUGCUGAUGAAAGGGGUGCAGUGCUGGGUCAUGAAGUUGGAUAUUGUAUUCGGUUUGAUGACUGCACAGAUCCACAGGCUACAAGAAUUAAGUUUCUAACUGAUGGUAUGCUGGUGAGGGAGAUGAUGGCUGAUCCGUUAUUAACAAGAUACAGUGUCCUUAUGCUGGAUGAAGCCCAUGAAAGGACUCUUUACACAGAUAUUGCCAUUGGCUUAUUAAAAAAGGUUCAAAAGAAGCGUGGGGAUCUUCGACUGAUUGUGGCUUCAGCCACCUUGGAUGCAGAGAAAUUCGGAGAUUUCUUUAAUCAAAAUGAGACCAAUGACCCCAGCAAAGAUACCAGCGUGAUCCUUACUGUGGAGGGGAGAACAUUUCCAGUGGACAUCUUUUACGUACAGAGUCCAGUUCCGGAUUAUAUAAAAUCAACUGUGGAAACUGCAAUGAAAAUUCACCAGACGGAAAAUGAUGGUGAUAUACUGGUAUUUUUAACAGGCCAGGAGGAAGUGGAAACUGUUGUUUCUAUGCUAAUAGAACAGGCUCGAGCCCUUUCUCGCACCGGAAUGAAAAAACACCUCCGUGUUCUCCCUAUGUAUGCUGGGCUGCCUUCUGCUGAGCAAAUGAAAGUGUUUGAGAGAGUUUCUCGCAGUGUCAGGAAGGUGAUCGUAGCCACCAAUGUUGCUGAGACCUCUAUCACAGUUCAUGGAAUUGCAUUCGUAAUUGACUGUGGUUUUGUGAAGCUUCGGGCUUAUAAUCCAAAAACAGCCAUUGAGUGCCUUGUGGUGGUACCAGUAUCUAAAGCUUCAGCUAAUCAGAGAGCAGGACGUGCAGGCCGGAACCGUUCUGGAAAAUGUUAUAGACUUUAUACAGAGGAAGACUUUGAGAAGUUGCCGCAGUCCACUGUUCCUGAGAUGCAGCGCAGUAACCUCGCUCCUGUCAUCUUGCAGCUGAAGGCUUUGGGAAUUGACAAUGUGCUCAGGUUCCCCUUUCUUUCGCCCCCUCCUGCACAGUCAAUGGUGCAAGCUUUAGAAUUGCUGUAUGCUUUAGGAGGUUUGGAUAUGCACUGCCGUUUAACAGAACCUCUUGGAAUGAGAAUAGCAGAGUUUCCUUUGAAUCCUAUGUUUGCAAAGAUGCUCCUGGAAUCAGGAAAUUUUGGGUGCUCCCAGGAGAUUUUGACCAUUGCUGCCAUGAUGCAGAUUCAGAACAUCUUUCUGAUCCCUCCAAAUCAAAAAUUGAAAGCUGCCAGGCAACACAGAAAGUUUGCUGUGGAAGAAGGUGAUCAUCUCACUAUGCUUAAUGUUUAUGAAGCCUUUGUCAAACACAGCAAGAGCUCUCAGUGGUGUCAAGAACACUUUCUAAACUACAAAGGCCUAGUUAGAGCCUCUAUUGUAAGAGAACAGCUGAAAAAGCUUCUUGUCCGCUUUAAAGUACCAGACUCGUCCAGUGAAGGUGAUCCAGAUGCAGUUUUGAGGUGUAUAGUUUCUGGAUUCUUUGCUAACGCAGCUAAAUUCCACUCCACUGGAGCUUACAGGACUAUACGUGAUGACCAUGAACUUCAUAUUCAUCCCACUUCCGUGUUGUAUGCAGAGAAACCUCCACGCUGGGUAAUCUACAAUGAAGUCAUACAGACCGCCAAGUACUACAUGAGAGAUGUGACUGCCAUUGAGUCUGCAUGGCUCUUGGAAUUGGCACCUCAUUUUUACCAGCAGGGAACGCAUCUUUCCUUGAAAGCAAAGAGAGUCAAAGCAGAUGACCACUGAUUUGACAUGACUUAACUCUUGUGACAUCGGAUGCAGAACCUACCUGUGAUCUGAAGCUGGAUACAGUCCCUUCAGCAGUCAGUACAUUAGCACUCUGACUGUACAUCAACUUAAAUGCCUGUCAAGAUCUAUAGGGAUUUAAGCAUGACCAGUACAUCGUAAACCUACGUAGGGCUUGCACUGUGGACGUUCGUUCCUUGCCUGAUUGACCACUGUUGUUAAUCUGGGCAUGUUGCACCUUUUAAAUAGGUAGACAAAUGAUUAAAAAAAAAUCGAAAGAACAGACAGGACCACAAAGAACUAAAACCUUGAAGACGGAAACUGCGUUCCUGGAGUGGUACAAUUGCCUUACAAGAGCGGGGAGUGGGGUGCCCUGCCUUCUAUUACCUGAAGCACUUUGACUGCUACUGGCCAAACUGACUCUUGACAGGAGGUAGCUAAGGGCAAUGAACUGCAAAGGGCUGCCAUGGAAACAUUGAUUUCGUGUGUUUGACUGUCCCAAACUGGUGCAACUCGUGCUCCCAAGCAGUGAAAGUCUGCUGUUUGUAUUAGAGCUGCCCCCAGUUCCCUAUGCUGUAACUGUCAUUCUGUAGGUAGCGUUUUUUUUAAAACCGUGUGGUUCCUGUACGUGAGAUUUGCUGCUUGGGGAGGAGGAGUAGCUUGGCCUUCUUGAGAAGAUCUUUAAAUUUUUCUCAGUCUGGAGACUAUAUAUAUGUGUUCACAGUUACUGAAGUUCACAGGUGGGACUAUUUUUUUUUUUACUUCUAGUAAGAGGAAAGAUGUUAGCCUAUCACCACUUGGAAAUCCCAGAAAAUCGCAGCAGAGGUAUAUCAUGGAACACUGUUUUUAGCCUAUGUCAUUCAGGAAAGAUGAAAAUGUUCUGUACUUUCCUAAUACGGAACACAGUGCUAUCUGUUUUCUUUAUUAAGUAUCUGUUCUCUGCUGCUUGGGACUUGUUAUCUUACUGCAAGAGAAGGAUGCUCCAAACCAUUGCUGGUUUAACAAGGACUCCAUGGCUGCUUUUCCAUCAAGACCUGUACCUUUUUGUGUAUAAACAAGGUAGCUGGAAUACAUGUAUUUAUUUUUUCCUACCAUUUUGAUAUUUAUUUUAGAAACAUGUUGUCUGAAAGUUUUAUUUUUGUAAGGGAGUUGAUUUGGUGGAUGUGUUUCUGGUACGUUAACCACAUUUUUAUUUUCAUUUAAAGAAAAAAAAAAGGUAUGUAAAUAAGUGAAAAUUUCUACGUAGAAUGAAUGUCUUCCUCUUCUCAGGAUUGCCUUGAAAAUAUUCUUGAUCUUCUUUACCAUUUUCCUUUCAAACACCUGCAGAGAAAACAUGUUCUGUCAUGUGCAACGUAUAGUCUAUGUAGUGAUUGCCGGCACAAAAAGAUGUAGAAGUCUCAAUAUAUGGCACCAGCAGCAUGACAAACCAUGUCACCUCCUUUGUUUUCCCUGCAAACCUCGUCUUCUCUGUAUUACUCUCUUAGACUGGAAGCUCUUUGGGGCAGGGACUGUUUUCUAGCCAGAACCAAGAGCAUUGUUGGCACUUGCUAAAAAGAUUCACCAUGCAUUUUUUAUUUUCUCCUAAAGGAGCAGAGAAAGAACUGAAUAUGAAGACCUGUAAAAUGUCCAUGUCUCUCUGUCUUCUGGAAAUAUUCUUAAGAAAAAUAAAACCAUUGAAGGAAGGAUGCUUGAGAAUGCAUCACUUCAGCCUA